UGUGCGUGCACGCGUGAGAGCUUAGCCAAGCAGCUUGUCGCUCUCUCUCGUGUCGCGGUUUUCCGCCUUUCAGUCCGCAUUCAACCGUCUGCUCGUGUGUGCAAAAGAAAUUUUACGCUAUAGAGAGCACCAGGAGAACCGACUCACUUGAGAGGCGACAGGCUGCAGAAGUUAACUCCUAGCAUCUCAAUUCGAAGCAGCAACCCCCCACAAACCACCACACACAGACACAAUGGCCGAGGGUGAUAUGCCAACGUUCAAGUGCGUCCUGGUCGGCGAUGGCGGUACCGGAAAGACGACCUUCGUCAAGCGCCACAUGACCGGUGAGUUCGAGAAGAAAUACGUGGCCACGCUCGGAGUCGAGGUCCACCCUCUGGUGUUCCACACGAACCGUGGCGCGAUCCGGUUCAACGUCUGGGACACGGCCGGGCAGGAAAAGUUCGGCGGACUGCGAGACGGUUACUACAUUCAGGGUCAGUGUGCCAUCAUCAUGUUCGAUGUGACGUCCCGUGUCACCUACAAGAACGUCCCCAACUGGCACAGAGAUUUGGUGCGGGUGUGCGAAAAUAUUCCGAUCGUGCUCUGCGGCAACAAAGUCGAUAUCAAGGACCGAAAGGUGAAAGCUAAGGCCAUCGUUUUCCACCGGAAGAAGAACCUCCAGUACUACGACAUCUCGGCCAAGUCCAACUACAACUUCGAGAAGCCGUUCCUGUGGCUGGCCCGCAAGUUGGUCGGUGACCCGAAUCUGGAGUUCGUAGCCAUGCCCGCCCUCCUUCCGCCAGAGGUCAAGAUGGACAAGGACUGGCAGCAACAGAUCGAGAAGGAUUUGCAGGAAGCGCAAGCCACCGCACUGCCGGACGAAGACGAGGACCUGUAAACCCCCAGACCUCUCCCCCCCCCCCCCCCCAGAAAACAAAAAAAAAACACUCAGCGGUGUGUUUGUGUGCGAAUGUUCGCUGCGUCGUGCCCCCUCCCCUCCCCCAUUUACAAACGGUUAAACUAGUAGCACUCUUUAACGUUUAAGAAAAUUAAAACAGCCGAUUAAGUAAGGUAAUAAAGAUGCGUGGAGUAAUAUUAAUAAUUAUUUGCGAUGAUGAUGAUGAGCAGUUGAGCUGAACAAUUUGUGGGAAUUCUAAUCUUACUACAUUAGGAACUGGAGCGAUUGAUCGUGUGCGUCUUGAUAUUUCGUGACUUAAUGAAAUAUCAAGACGCACACGAUCAAUCGCUCCAGUUCCUAAUGUAGUAAGAUUAGAAUUCCCACAAAUUGUUCAGCUCAACUGCUCAUCAUCAUCAUCGCAAAUAAUUAUUAAUAUUACUCCACGCAUCUUUAUUACCUUACUUAAUCGGCUGUUUUAAUUUUCUUAAACGUUAAAGAGUGCUACUAGUUUAACUAGUUUAAGUUUAAGAAAGGCAGUGUUUCGGAACGCAAAAAGGGUGCGGCUGGCAGCUCCUAGCGAGGGCCAUUUCCCCGUCACUGUGAGUUUAGGCUUAAGUAAGUUCACAUUCACACCAAUCCUAAUUCAAUUGGGUUACUCAUUUUUUUUCUGAGCAGGCCAUUAUUAGGGUGAAGUAGAAGCUAGAUUUUUGUACUAAAUUGCAAGUAAGAUUGUUAUUGCAACAUACAAAAUAAUGAAGCACAUGGCAAUGUGAAAACAAAACUAAUUAAUUUAAUCAAAUAUAUUCUCAUCGAUAAAUUGUAAAAUCAUUGAGUGCUCGUUUUUCAUUUCGACGGGAAGAAAUUGCGAUUCCGAGUUUCCUAUUUCGUAAAACAAAGCUGUAUAUUUUCGUUUGAAGUUCAAAUCCUUUUUCUUUAGCUGUUAACGUAUUUGUUGUUUGGUCCUUUGCCGUGAGCGAAACCAAGGAACGGACCUGAUGCAAGCAGAAAAGAUAUCGAGCGCAGUGAGCUAACUAUUAAGCUACCAGCAAGUCCCCUCUCUGAUCAAAGCGAAACGAUAGUAAUCGAGUGUACACACGGUAUGAAUGAGUUUGAAUAAAAAUCAAUUUCUUUUAAACACAUGA